UGUUCAUCAACUUGUAUUAUUUUGAACAUGUCAUAAAUAAAGCCGGGGAGACUACACUUCAUGAGAUAAGAUAUUAUUAUUGAAGUUAGUUAACGUUAACCAAACAAACUUCUCAUUAAGGAGUGUUUAUGCAUCUGGAUCAACUACCUGCAUGUGUGAACCAGAUCAGCAGAAAAAUCACCUGCCAUUCAUCAUAUUUCUUGAAGGAGUCAUCAUCACAGAUGAGGGAGAUAAGGCAAAAGAUACCUGGCGCUCGUGUAGAGACUCCAACUUUAUCAGAAAUGAACGGGGUUUUCAUUCUGAACCACAACAGUGCAGUGUGUCUGCCCGUGGUCUCUGACAGUCAGAGAUUUAUAUGGGUACACUCAAACCAAAUUAACCUACAGAUGGAUGGUGCUGCAGAGCUGGACAAGGCGUUCGACAGGUUUCCGUAUUUGACACAGAAACAGACAGCUGCACUGGCGCAGCGCUGCUCCCUACACCCGGACCAGGUGAAGGUGUGGUUCAUGGUACAGAGGCUCCGCUAUGGCAUCAGCUGGGACUAUAAUGACAUCUGUGAGGUUUGGAGGAAGUUCAAGUCAGCUCAAAGAACAGCCGAGGUGCAAAACAGGAUGCGGGAGGAGGUAAAAGAGGACACAGGAGAGAAUGAGAAAUGCAAAAGAGAGGUAAAAGAGCCUGGUGGGAAGAAGACAGGGGGGGUUAGAGAGGAACAGAGUGCAGAUGAGGGAAGGAGGAUGGGAGAAAAAGUGAAGGCUACUAAACGAUUGGAGAAAAAAAUUAAGCAGGAGCAACAGAUGGAGAAAGAGAGGGACAGAGAAGCAGAGGAAGAGAGAAGGAAUGCUCAGAGAAAGCGCCAAUUGGUGACAGCGACAUACAAGAUGAGAAAGAAGAGAGUGAAGCAAUGGGAUGAGGGUGUCGUGGGGGGAGCAGGAGAAGUAGAAAUAAGUUGCGAUGAAGAUGAGAGGGAGUCUGGCACAUCCACGCAGCUGGAGACACCACUUUCCACCAGAAAGGAAAUGACGGCCAAAGCAAACAGCAGAUUACAGUCCAUCCAAGAGUGGCCUGCCGACAAGAGCUUCGUGGUGCCCGAUGAGCCGCUGGAUACAAGUCCUCUGCUCACCCCCUUGUCUCAAACUCAAGCCUGUAAUGGGCCUCCACUCGCUGACAACAGGACCACAGACACUCGAAUGACCGCUGUGAAAAGUGGCUCUGAGGGGGAAACAGAAAAGGAGGCCGUGGCUGCAGACGGUUGCUCUCCGAUCUACAGCAACACAAAGACGCGGGCGCAGUUGGCGAUGAUGAAGGUGGCUUUCUUGCGCUGCCAGUAUCCAGACAGGGAGGAAUACAACCGCCUGUCGAUGCUGAUUGGCGCCCCCCGCCACAUGUUGGUCCAGUGGUUCGGAGACAUGCGCUAUCACAUCAAGAAAAGAAAGCCGCGCUGGAUGAACAAAGAGCAGCACAAACAGGCACUGGCCAACAUCCGGUACCGGCAGUGCCUGAACACGCUGGCAAAGGCACAGCUGGGUGACGCCGGGAGAAAAUCAACAUGGAAGAUAGUGCAAGUGCCUCCAGACUAGAAAUGAUGCCACAGCCUCCCACUGAGGGGAACGAUGAACCGUCUCUCAAAAGUUAGAAAGAUGUAUCAGAGGCUGUUUUAUGACUUGUAAUUGGUUCAUUAUUGGUAGGAUCAAGCUGUUUAUGUUGUACUUUGAGACAGAUGUUACACAGAUGUUUGAGAAAAGAUUGCCCAGUUACGACGCAUUCUUGUUUCAUGUGGAGCACAUUGUUUGUUAUGCUGUUAUUGUGAUGACUUGACAUGUUUGAUAACAUGAAUGCACAUGUCCUUUCAAAAAACAGAUCAUUUGCAAGCUAGAUGCAGUUUCACGUCGAUGUAAUUGUUCUGUAAAAAAACACUCAUUGCUUGUUGUUGGACCAUGACUCUUCUUAUGAUUAGUUACAUCAAAGCAUUAAUAAACUACAAAAUGUAUGACAACUUUAA